AUGGUUUCCAUUCCAAUUGAUGCGCUCACUUCGCGCUUUAGCGAUCGCUUCAACAACCUCCGCAGCACCUCGUUGAGUACGCGCUUCGCGAACCUGCGUCCGCUUUCCGAGUUCCUUGAUAUCAAGCGUAUAUCCAAGCCUGCCAACUUCGGUGAGGCCCAGAGCCGAGUCAAUUACAACUUGUCCUACUUCUCCAGCAACUAUGCCGUCGUGUUUGUGAUGCUCAGCAUCUACAGCUUGCUGACUAACAUGAUCCUGUUGUUCGACAUGAUCUUUGUGACCUGUGGUCUCUAUGGAAUCAACAUGCUGCAAGGUCGGGACCUGGAUCUCGGCUUCUCUCGCUUCACUACUUCGCAGCUCUACACCGGACUGCUCAUCAUCGGUGUCCCCGUCGGCAUCCUCGCCUCCCCCAUCACCACUGCCCUGUGGUUGGUUGGCGCAACCUGUGUGACCGUUUUCGGCCACGCUGCCUUUUUGGAUAAACCGAUCGAGAAUGCUUUUUCCGAGGAGGCGGUCUAG